GUGCGUGUGACCGAGCGCUGCCAGCCGUCAGCCAGCGCGGCUGUGCCGUCUCUGCCCUUGGAGACCUUCAGAAGCGUCUGGAUGCAGUCCUGGACCAGCUACUGUGGGCGCCUGUGCUUGAGUGCUGAUACCUGUCAAGAAAUUCCAGGCUUUCAGCAACUGGUUGGAACACCUCCGCAUAACUGUUCUCUUGGGAAGGUUUUUGCUUCUAGAUAAGGACAACCUAAAAAGCACGGACUCAGCAUUCCACCAGCUUUGAGGAGAAGGUAGUGGGUGUGCAUGCUGGGAGGAAUGAUCCCCCGUGCAGCCAGUGCUGCAAUAAAGCAAUGCCAGCUUUCUAACCUGCCAUUCAGUUAGAGUCUGAGUGGCACUGGAACCAGAUGGCCUCCAGAGGUCCCUCCACUAUCAACAGUUUGGUGACUCUGUGCCUGGCAGUGCGGAGAAACCCAGGUGCCUGUUCUUGCCGCGCGAUGUCCUGCUACGACCUGUGCCUGCCCGCCUCCUGCAGCCCCAGGCCACUGGCCACCAGCUGCAAUGAGCCCUGCUACCGGCGCUGCUGGGACUCCACCGCCGUCAUCCAGCCCCCCACCGUGGUGGUGACCUUGCCUGGGCCCAUCCUCAGCUCCUACCCGCAGAGCACCACGGUGGGGUCCACAGCGUCGGCAGCAGUUGGGAGCUACCUCCGGUGCUGUGGGGUGCCAGUGGCCUCCGGUGGCACACGGGGGUUGGGGAAAGGGGCCUUGCUGUGCCUCAGGGGUGGGCUGUAGGGUGUCCCCGUCGGCCAACUCGUCCCACUGAGGCCAGGAAGGAAGGAAAAACGAAGCACGGGAACAAGACUGGGGAAGAGGACUAAGGAAGUUCCCGCGUGUUUCCAAGCCAUUGGGGGCACCUGCAACUCUCCCAGCAGGAAGGGAUCCUCGGGUACUUUUCGUUCGAGAUCGCGCCUCUGUAGACCUUUCUCUAGCUAUGCCUUACUGUAUGCUUCCAUGUAAGUGUGACACCCUGUGGUGUUACUCAGCAUUUACUAUUAGCUUAUAGCUGGCUGCAGACAGAAGAUGGUGCCAAGAGCUGCAGAGGCAGCAGGGGCAGAGGAACACCUCGUAGGGGUCGUUUUGUCCUUAAAUAGUGUUUGUCCAUUACUAUACUGAGCAUUAGAAAUGCACUUCUCAUACUCUCAACUGGUUUAUUCUAUUUCUCAUUAAAGACAUGCUACAUCAUA